ACUACGCAGAAACAUGAAAUCCAUGAGGAUUUGGAAUUUCGCUAUUAUUUUUCUGAUUUCGGUGCUUUCUUUGGGCAACUUCGUAUCUAUUGAUGCAUGCUUUGCUUCGUUUGGUCCGAUGGGAAACGUAACUAUCGAAUGGGAUGUUACAAACUGGACCACAGAUGGAUAUAUUGCAAAUGUUACGAUAUAUAACUUUCAAAAUCAUCAAAAAAUCGAUCCAACCGGAUGGGAAUUCGGUUGGAGGUGGAAAAGAGACGAGGUAAUUACGAGCAUGGUGGGAGGUCAAACUAGAGAACAAGGGAACUGUUCGAGUUUCGAAAAGAAUAUUCCUCAGAGCUGUGUAAAGAAUCCCACAGUUUCAAAUAAAUUCGGAGUUUCGAAUAUUUCGCGGCCGAAUAAUGAAGUCGUCGCCGCUUCACUCCAAAUAAAUGUUGGCCGUGCGGGGACAAGCCGCGAAAACGUUAGGGUACCGUCCACACACACUCUGAAAACACCGGGCGUUGUUUAUAAUUGUGGGCCCGCUACAGUUGUAAGGCUUGCCAGAAUUACGACUCCAGAUGGGAAGCACGUUACUCGCGCUAUUAAAACAUGGAGAGUUGUAUGCACAAGGUCUAUAUUCGUGGCUCACAGGAUAUCCACCUUUUGUGCUAGAAUCUCGUCCCCCGACGUACGUCAUGUUACUUGUUCUUGUGGUUGUACAAACAACGCUCGACCGGGUAGCUGUGUGGAGUUGGAUUCUCCAGUUAUACGUUCGAUUGUUUCAAUUACGGGUAAUGACAGUUCAACACCUCUCGUCGAGUGUAGAAGCCGUAUGUGCCCUGCUCGAGUACUCUGGCACGUAAAGCUCAACGACCAAGAGAAAUGGGAUUUAGUCGUUUCACUCAGAGACUUGAAUAGAGUGACCAAGAACAGGCAAUGGAAUGUUUUUGCAGAACAUCCCGAUUUUCACAAUGUCACAAAGAUAUUUACUUUGAAUUACAACUACUUAACGCCACAUGGUCACUCCGAGGAUGUAGUGGUGCUGUGGGCAUCUAAAUCUUACCCGGAUUCAGUGGAGCAAGGUGAUGCUCUAGACAACGUUCACUUGGGCGAACGAGUACAACAAAGCAACUUUUACCUUUUGUAAAUUAGUUUUUUUCUCCAAGAACAAAAUUACAGUUUACAUGAGUUUUUUUCCAGCUAUUUAAAGAUGCCAAAACAUUAUUUGGUUCGAGUAUGCAAAUAUACUAAUUUUAUA